AUGACAGAAUCUGAAUCUCCGCCCCCGAUAUCACCACUGAAAUCCAAACAAGAAACGACGACGGAGGGAUGUAGUUACACUGUGAUUCACACUUUGAAAGGACACACUAAAUCGAUUUCCGUCGUGAAAUUCUCGCCGUGCGGAAAAUAUUUGGGCACGGCUUCUGCGGAUAAACAGAUCAAAAUUUGGGAGACAGACAAAUUUAAUUGUGAGCGGACGCUGUACGGCCACAAACUAGGAGUCAACGAUAUCUCGUGGACGUCAAACGGCGCGUUUCUCGCCUCCGCUUCAGAUGACACGACAGUCAAACUGUUCUCCGUGGAGACAGGAAUCUGUUUGAGGACGAUGAAAGGACACACGAGUUACGUGUUCAGUUGUGAUUUCAAUCCUCAAUCGUCUCUGGUUGUAUCCGGUGGAUACGAUGAGACGAUUCGAGUGUGGGAUGUGUUGAAUGGACAGUGUGUUCGAAUGCUUCCUGCACACACUGAUCCAGUCACUUCUGUCGCUUUUAAUCAUAUGGGAAAUCUCAUUGCGAGCUCCUCGUUCGAAGGAUGUAUCCGUAUUUGGGAUUUAUCUGAUGGGCGGUGUCUUCAGACAUUGGUUGACUUGGAUCACGCUCCCGUCACUUAUGUUUCAUUCACGCCUAAUGGGAAGUACUUGGUGUCUGGGGAGCUUGGCAGUACGAUCAAAAUAUGGAGUUUGGAAAAAGAGAAAGCGGUGAAGAAAUACAAGGGACACGUCAAUGAGAAGUACUGCAUUUUCGCCAAUUUGGCAACUACGAAGGGACAGCGUAUCAUCUGCGGCUCAGAAGACGGACGAAUCAUCGUUUGGGACGUCCAAAAGAAGACAAUUCUCCAAGAAUUAUUCUGCCACACCACCCCGGUGCUCGCCACGGAUUCCCAUCCGACACGGAAUAUGAUGGCUUCUGGAGGACUCGAACCAGAUCAUGAAGUCAGAAUUUGGUUCUCGAAUUCAUAA